UCCGCCCCCAAAACACCUGAUGGUGCUGAGCCCACCAUCAUCAUCAUCGUGAUGAUGAUGAUGAAGAAGUUUGGUGACUUCAGUAACUUCUUCUGCGGUUCUGACCCGGUUCUCCUCCGGUAUUCCACCUUCUGUUCCUCUCUGUCCUAAAGGAGGGGGGAGGGCACUAGUGGCGCUCUCGUGCAAGCGCGCGCGCACCCAGCAGCAGUAUACUUGUGAAAGUGCGCGCGGAGGAUCGAUGCUCUUAUUUGUGAUCGAUCAGCGGCGCGUGUGAUCAGUCUGUGGCCGCACACGGAGCGACGCAGUCCGGCGGAGGAACAGCGGAGGAGCCGGUGUUCGGAGCUGGAGGAGUUCGGGACAGUCUCUCGGCUCCCGGGUCGUCCCGCCGCCUCUCCCCGCUCCCGGCAGCGCUUGUCCCGGGAAAGACUCCGUUGCUGCACCGCUCUCUUUCUCCGGAGCGCAGGGGAGCCGCACGCCGGCCGCGGCGCACCGCAGAGCGGUCAGGGAUGCCGGCGGGGGGCGCUUCUGGACGCGGUUCUUGGGUUCUGUGAAAUGCAGUUCGGGACCGGUUUGGAUCUUUGUUCUGUCCGUCGAACCUCCUGAGGUCCUCGCUGCUGCUCUGACUGGACUUGUGCGGUGUCGCCGGAGAUGCGGUUGGAUUGUGGGCGGAAAGUUGUGCGCUCCCCGGCGGAGGGCCUCCACAGGUCCGGACCGUGACCCGGGGCGGGUCCGAAGUUCAGCUCUGCCCGGAAAUGUGAAGCGAAGCGGGCAGAAGGAGGGCUCCGUUUCCCCCUCACUCACUCUCACACACACUUUGUUUUUCGCUCUUCACACACACAGACCAACACACACACUGGAGUUACAGUAACACCCCCACACACACACACGUGCGCGCACGCGCGCGGUCGCACACACCUUCCGGAGCUCAGAGCCCAGCGGACAGAUAUGUAUUCUCCGCUAUGUCUGACCCAGGAUGAGUUCCAUCCGUUCAUCGAGGCGCUGCUCCCCCACGUCCGGGCCUUCGCCUACACCUGGUUCAACCUGCAGGCUCGCAAGAGGAAGUACUUCAAGAAGCACGAGAAGCGCAUGUCAAAGGAGGAGGAGCGAGCGGUGAAGGAUGAGCUGCUGGGCGAGAAGCCCGAGGUGAAGCAGAAGUGGGCGUCUCGCCUCCUAGCCAAGCUGCGCAAGGACAUCCGGCCCGAGUUCCGGGAGGACUUCGUGCUGACGGUGACGGGCAAGAAGGCGCCGUGCUGCGUGCUGUCCAACCCGGACCAGAAGGGCAAGAUGCGGCGCAUCGACUGCCUGCGGCAGGCCGACAAGGUGUGGCGCCUGGACCUGGUGAUGGUCAUCCUGUUCAAGGGAAUCCCGUUGGAGAGCACGGACGGCGAGCGGCUCGUCAAAGCGCCGCAGUGCGCCAACCCCGGCCUCUGCGUCCAGCCGCACCACAUCGGCGUCUCUGUCAAGGAGCUCGACCUCUACCUGGCCUACUUCGUGCACUCAGAAACCAGCCAAUCAGAAAGCCCCAACCAGGCCAGCGAAUCAGAUAUCAAGGAGCAGCCAGAGAACGGUCACCUGGGAUUCCAGGACAGCUUUGUCACACCUGGAGUCUUCACCGUGGCCGAACUUGUCCGAGUCUCCCAGACUCCCAUCGCGGCCGGAACCGGACCCAACUUCUCCCUGGCCGACCUGGACAGCUCCUCCUACUACAGCAUGAGUCCAGGAGCCAUGAGGAGGCCGCUGCCCAGCACCUCCUCCUCCAGCUCUGCCAAGAGGAUAAAGUGCAUGGAGGAGGACGUUGACAGUCCGGGCGAGGAGUCCUACUACCCAGGUCCGGGUCGGUCUCCGGGCAACGGCGGCCAGGCCGGCAGCUGGCACGAUGUGGAGCCAGCCAGCCCCCACGCCCCCCCCUCCGGCCUCCACUUCUCCUCCUCCCCCAUCCUGCAGCAGCCCGCCUCCUACUUCUCCCACCCGGCCAUCCGCUACCACCCACAGGAGACGCUCAAGGAGUUCGUCCAGCUGGUGUGUCCUGACUCCGCCCAGCAGGCCGGACAGGUGGGCCUCCUCAAUCCCAGCAGCAGCUCCCAGACGAAGGUCCACAACCCGUUCCUGCCGACGCCCAUGCUGCCCCCCCCGCCGCCCCCUCCGAUGGCCCGGCCCGUCCCGCUGCCCGUCGACACCAAGCCCCCCCCCACCUCGUCCACAGAGGGGGGUGGCAACUCCCCUUCCUCCCCCACGUACUCCACCCCCACCACAUCUCCAUCCCAGCGGUUCGUCAGCGUCGGCCCUCGAGACCCCGGCUUCAAUAUCCCUCAGCAGCCACAGUGGUACCUGGGAUAAGGACUCCGGAGGCGCAGACGCCCUCUACGGCCAGCCGCUGCAGCCUGUCCUCCAACACCAGCUGUCCCUGGUCAACCCCGUCACUGGUCCUGCAGAUCCCGGCUCCACCGUCAAUGACUCAGCAUCGGCAUGGCUAAAGCAGAUUAAGCGCUCCCAUGCUGCGAAUCGUUCGUCCCAGAAUUCCUUGCAGACUCUUGGAUCGUAUAUCUGUAGUGCUGGAUCUGAGUCCUGAACCUUUUUCCCUGAAUCCCUGACCUAUGGGGCAAUGGGGGAAGCGACCUGUUCUGGGAACGUCGUCAGACUGAGUCCCAGAUAUUCCUCUGUGGAGGACCUACCUAUCCAUCACUUUGUGCCGCGUGAACUUGCAGUGGUUUGAAGCCCUCUAGGCUGCCACCACCCCUUCCUCCUUAGUGGAUCCCUGCAGCCGGGGGCAGGCAGGGGGCCGCCUGGCUCAGAGACACCAGCUGAAACAAACCUGGGACAGACCCUGCCUCCUUCCCUAGAUCUCUUCAGGACUUGGACGGUAGCAUGAAGGGAAGAGCUGAGCCGGGGGCAGAGCAGCAUGAACUAACCGUGGGGGCUCUGGGUGGGGUGUCCUGAAGGUGGUCUGGAUUCGCUGCUAUGCUUCACCAGGCGCUUGUUUCUCUGGAGGCUUCAUGGCUCAUCGGUUUCUCUCUUUUAGCCUCCAUUCUCUCCUUCCAUCCAUCCACCUGUCCAGGUGAAGAGGCAGCGUACGCAGGGCGGACCGAACCCCCGGGGGUCCGGAGCCACUCUGCCAGUCAGGGGAGAGCCCCGCCUCUCAAAUUUAACAGUGAAAUCAUGAGGAAAAGUGCAAUUUUGUUGAUUAGUUGUUGGAUUAUUAAAUAUAUCUAAAUGUAUAUUUUUCUUGUAGUCCGCUCAGACCAGGGACUCUAAAACACUGGGCGACAAACCGACACGCAGCCUUGGGGAACACCAACCCAGUGAGAAACUACCAAACCGCGUCGUUCUUUGAUAAUCUGGUAGUUUGAUAUGAGAACGUCUGAAUCAGAGAUCAGUUUCUGAGCAAAGGACUGAUGUUCAUUCAGCUCAAAUAGAAACGAAUAACGAUUCCUUUAUUUAAAAUUUAUUCUACGUCAGGGAAACGAAAUGUCUCCUGAGGCCAAAUCACAACAAUUUAAGCUUGAAACGAAUCAGUUUGGCAAGAUAAUCUGCCUGGCAACGGGCUGCCAUUUGAUUGUCUGGGUCUUCCAGAGGCUCCAUCCAAUCACGAGCACUUCUUCCUCCAGCUGGCCAAUAGGCUGUGAGUGUGUCAUCAGGGGGCAUGGUUUAUUUAUGAGGACUUUAACUCUUCUUCAGUUUGGUUUUUCUUCCUUAUUCUAUAAAUAUCUAUAGACACACACAGACACACCCAACGUUAACAUGAGUUUAAGUGAAAAAGUCAUAAAAAAAGAAGUAAAAAAAUCUGCAUGUGUUCGUGUUUGUGGCCGUUUUCUCCAUAGAUGACGUAGUUAGUGAUAAAUGGACGAUAUCCUGUAAAACAUGAGGCACUUGCUGUGGGUUCUUCACUUCCCUACAGCUCUCGGUUCUUUUCCUCUCGUUUUCCUGGCAGCAACAGCACCGGUCCGCUCUUCAAAUCCGAAACGUUCCUUUGUCUGUUCUGUAUCUAAAUUAGCCGAUCCUGGUCUGCGCCACAAACACUAGCAGGAUGUCCAACCUGUGGUCAAACCAGCAUCAAGAUGGCCUGCAGGUGGCGCAGUAGGCUGAUUAAUUUCGGUUUUAUUAGGAGGAAGUUGUGAAGAACUUGUUUUGGAGGCGGUUAGGGGAAAGUUCAGAAGGUCUAUACCAUGUUUGAGACUGGAUCUCCUGAUGGCUGCAGAUGGAAACGUUUGCUGGACGUUUUCCACCAAAGCAGCUCCAGGUCCGAACCACAAGCUGCUCUACAGCCCAUAAUUAUUCAUACCCCUGGCAGGCUUGCCUCUAAUUUGUUUCUGAUAGGAAACAAAGCUCUUUCUAUAUAACAAACAUAUCUCUAUUAUAAGAGACAUAAAAAAUCAGCUUUAUUUAUAUUAGAAUAACAAUCUGCAUCAAUUAUCAAUUAAAACAUUUUUACCCCCUGAUGAAUGAGUGAAGCUUUCCAGCUUCAUGCCUGUCUUGUUGUAUAUAUAGCCAAACGUCGUUUGAUACUUAUUCCUCUCAUAUUAAGCUUGAUUUUAGACGUGCUCUGAUACCACCCAGUGGUCGGAGUGUGAACCACAUGUGGUUCAUGGAAGCGAAAUUGUGCAAAAGGCCGGUAAACUGUUAAUAAUCUGAAUCCUCAGCUAGGUUGUGCAAUAAAAAUAUAUUCUUUGACUAACUAAUGUUUUGUAUACAUGAUAUAUUAAAACAGACCACAUUAAAAUUCUAAAAUUUAUUUCUAAUUUGUGUUUGAAGUUUUUUAGUGACACUUGGCAACUAAUGAAUGAAAAUUAACCAAUAUAUAACAUUUAGAUAUAUUUGUGAAAAAAAGUAAAUAGUAUUUUUAUUAUAUAUAAAUCUUAAUUAAUAAAUAAUUAUUUUCACAAGUAAAUACCCUAAUAUAAUAUCUGUUUUAUCUGGAUUUAGGGAACAAAAACUUCUAGGACAUUACAGUAAAAACAUUUUUCAGUAGUUAGCUCUAUUUGAAACGCUGCAGGAUGAAAACAAAUGGUUGUUCAAAAUAUCUGCUGAAAAUCAGUUUGUAAAACUGAUUUCAUGGGACUGAUGUGAAGGAAUUUUACAGUAUUUAAAACACUAUGAUGAUGAAAAACCAGUGGUUCAAAAAGAAAAAUUUGACUCAAUUUCAAUCUUUUUUGAGCAAAAACAUUCUCUAUGAAAUUAUUACUGUAGUAAGACUGAACAAUCUGUUUCAUUCCUUAACUGCCUGGUGUUGCUAGUUAGCAUCACAGCUAAAUUUACACUAAUGGUGACUGAAAUAUUCAAAUUUAUAAUGUCUAAGUUUUUGUGCACUCAGGCAUUCAGGCAUUAAGGGGUUGUUAGCUUGUGGGCGGAGCAGCUUGUUGGUCCUCCACUGUUCAGAUGAGAAUAAAUGGAGUUAUAAAGCGCAUUGUGAUUGGUCGCUGGGUGUUCUGGUUCUGGAGCAGAGACAGAACCAGCUUAGUGGAGCCCAGACAUCCAACUCCACCUGCAGGUCAGCUUUAGAACUCCCGAGUCUCCCUGUUGUUACCACAGGGCUCCAGUAGGGGGCAGAGCAGCAGAAACAGCUUCCGGCGCUGCUGUUUGCUGCUCGUUUGACUGAAUCCGGACCUUCUGGUCGACCGCUUCGUGAUCUUCUCCGUCUUUCCAGGGAAUUUUCCGUCUGUUGCUGUAAAAAGGUUUCACGUCUUCUUGUUUGUCUCCCUGAUUGUUCCCAGAUCCGAGUAUCGGAUGUAAAUUAUGCAAUAUCUGCUUGCACUCUGAGACGUCUUUUUAUGGUUAGAUUUCCUUCCUUCAGACCGAAGCCGGACCCCACGGGGCCGCUCGGGUGGCUCUGGUCCGAUGAGCCAGGCUGCUGUCUCAUGAACCCGACCUUAAACAAAUCCAAGCUGUCGUCCGUAAGAGUGCGGACGGUUCUGUGAAACGGAUCUGUCCGGUUCUGUCGGCCGAGGCUGUGAGGGCCGAGGGUCAGUUCUGUUCCUGCCUUCCCUUUGGCUGUGAGUUGGACAUUAACUAUCUGCACUAAAUAUGAGAUGAUGAAUAAAGAAAAGCAGCUUCUAGAUCAAAUCGGUUGAAGGGAAUAAAUUAGAAAAUUGCACGGACAUUUUUUAAAGUGUCAUAAAAUCUGAUCAGUUGGUUUGAGUCCGACUCUGGCUGAGCGUUCGAGACGUUUUUAAGAAAACUACAAUGAGUGAGAGCAGUAGUGUGGGCAGCGAGUUUGUUUGCUGUUUGUUCAUUUAGUUGGUUCUGCAGUGAGGGCAGAGGGAGCGCCUCCUACUGGCUGGAGGCCUGACUGAGUGCUGUAUAGUUUAUUGAUUUUAAAGCUGCCCUAUUUUCUAAUGCAGGACUUUUUUAACAAUGACUAAGUGAGGAAACUGUGGUGUUGUGAAUUUUCUGACUGUUUCUACGGAGGUUUGUUUUUUUCCUGGAAACUGGAUCUAAGUUGAAAACUUUCCCGUUUCCUCCUUUUUUCUUGGGUUUCCUUUUUUAUGUAUUUAUGAACAUUUCCUAUGUUGAUGCUCUUCUGCAGCCCAGGGUGACCCCCACGCCCACUGUAAAUGGAUGUUACAGUUUCUGUAUGUUCAGUGUUGAUGAAGCUGAAUUUAGUCCUUCUGAGGGAAAACAACAUUUUUCUGCGUUUGAAAGAAUUUAGUUGUUAGGCAGGAGACAUAGCCGGCCAAACGAUGCCCGACUAGAAAUGCAUCCAGGCAUCUUUUUUUCUGUUCACCAUUCCAUGCAGAACAAUAAACAGCUUGAUUAUGCAACAUGA